GAAAUAGUUUGAAGCGGUUUCUUUUCCGAUCUGACGAACUGGUACAGUGGUACCUCUCUCGACAACAACAGCCACUCCUCCGAGUCUUCUCACGAGGGCUUCCAAAUGACAAGCGCCCCUCACCAGAACCUGUCCAACUCUAGAGGUUCAGUGUCACACAUCCAAGAUACGAGCACCCUUGACCACAUGGCUCGACCAGGGAAAGUGUUUCUCGGACCAAUAAUCCACUUCCUCUCACCCUCGGAGCUCGAAAUUAUACCCUUUGCUCUCCUGGCAGUCAACCACGAGGGCCAAGUCACUUCUGUUCACAAAAGCGCCAACGCACAACAACUUGAGGACACGCUGGCCGCUCUAAAUAUCUCCCCGGACCUCGUCACCAUCCACCGUCUCGGCCCAAGCCAAUUCCUGAUCCCAGGCUUCGUCGGCACGCACAAUCAUGCACCGCAAUUGGUGCAGCACGGCCUGGGCCCGCAAAUGCACUUCCUCGACUGGCUCGACGCCAUCACCUUCCCCAACGACCCGGUUCGCCGCUGCGUCGACGGUUUUCUGCGCCAGGGCAUCACCACGGCGUCGUACUACGGCUCCUGCAACAUGAGCCGGAACCCGCUUAACUACUACCGGGACGCGUCGGUCGAGGAGAGUUUGCGGGUUACCGAGGACUGCAUCGUGCAUAUCCGGUCCAUUGGCCCCGCCGGACGACUCGUCAGACACAUUCUCACGCCGCGGUACGCCAUCUCGUGCCAUCCCGAGCUGCUGCAGGGCCUGGGCGACAUCGCCUGCGCGAAUCCGGACCUGCCCGUCCAGACGCACUUCAACGAGGCGGAGCAGGAGAUGAAGGUUACCAGGGAGCUGUUCCCGCAGUUCUCCAACGAGGCGGACCUGUAUGAGCACUACGGCCUGCUUGGGAAGAGGUCCAUCAUGGCGCAUUGCUGCCACAUGACCGAGUAUGAGUUGGGGCGGCUCAAGGCGCUCGACUGCGGCGUUGCUUACUGUCCCGCGGCGCCUGUACGGAAUUUUAUGCGGCGGGGGAUCAAGGUUGGCUUGGGCACGGACAGUGGAGGGGGUUUCUCAAGCAGCAUUCUGGAUGCGCUACGGCUGGCCAUGAUUCCCAGCCAUGCGCGCGAGGUCAUGUCCAUUGAUGAGGCCUUCCAUUUGGCCACGGUGGGUGGCGCUCGGGUCUGCGGUCUGGGAGAUAGGAUCGGUAGCUUUGAGGUGCGCAAGGAGUUUGAUGCCAUUGUUGUUGGGACCCAGAGGGCCGAGCAGGGCAUCAUGACCCUGGUGGAGGAAGGGGAUACACUCAGAUCCGUGUUUGAGAAAUUCGUUGUGAUGGGCGACGAUAGGAAUGUUGUCGAGGCGUAUGUCCAGGGCCGGUUAGUCAAGGGGAGGGCGUAG